AUGGACCAGAUUCUUCAGCAGUACCUUAGAGACAUCAUCAACGAGCAGGUUUAUAGACCACAGUCCAGACGGUCUGCGUACCGUGUGCAACCACAGUACUUUUACGGAGCAAGACCAAGGUCCUAUGGCUACCCCCAGGUUCCGCAGUUCAAUCCUUAUGAACAGUACCAGGAGUACGAGGACGAGGAAGAGGAGCCUGCUGAUGACGGUGAGACCCAAUAUAGACUCGAGGACCUGUUUGGACCGUACUUUGCUAGAAAGCAAGCCAAACCGGUUGCGCAGGAAUUCCCAGCCAUUGUGACUCGGCCAGCAGAACCAGCAGAACCAGCGGCCAAGUCUGAGCCCGAGCACACCCCAAAACCACCAGCAGACCCAAUCGGGCAAAUUCUCAAGGAAGCGAAGCCAAAGACCAAACUGAACCGGCGCAACUCGGCCUCGUUGAACCUGCACACGAAACAGAAGGAGCCAAAAAUCGACCCGUUGCAGAUAUCUGCCCCACAGACGAAAACGAGUCUUCCGUUCUCACCGGCAGUCAACGUUUAUGACUUCCCGGAAAACUACAUCGUGGCUUUGGCUCUGCCAGGAGUGUCCAAAGAGUUUGUGGACAUCGAGUUCCAUCCAACCUCGUCGGAACUCGUUGUCAAGGGAGAGGUCACCAACAAGUACCUUUCGGACGAUGCGACGGUCAACAACUCGAACAUUGUGCGUGUUUCUGAACAACGGUUUGGCUCGUUCGAAAGAGUCAUCAAACUGCCGUCGUUCCCUGACGUUAAAGAAGAAGCCAUCAGCGCCAAGUUCCAGCGGGGAAUGCUCGAGAUCAAGAUCCCAAAGGUCAAGGCGUCCGAAACGGUGAAAAAACCUAGAAAAAUCACACUGGAGGAGAUCCCAGAUGAGGAGCUGGAAAGAGAGUCUCAUCAGUAG